AUGCACCCACCAGACCCCGUCAAUCUCGUAUUCAUACCCCCUCUGAUAGAUUCAUAUACUUAUCACUCCAUCCUCCCACCUGACAUCGAGGGAGAAUGGAUCAUGGGUAUCGAUGAAGCUGGUCGUGGACAUAUAGGUCCUAUGGUGUACGCAGCUGCCUUAUGUCCUAUCAAAUUCAAAUCUACUCUGGAGGAAAUGGGAUUUGAUGAUUCAAAAGCAUUAUCACCCGAGACUCGUCAAAAUCUAUGGGACAAGUUCGAAGAUCAUCCUGAAUUAUGUUACUCUUCCGCCACUUUAUCCCCACAAGCUAUAUCAGCCAAUAUGCUUCGACGGAUACCUGUGAAUCUGAACCGACAAGCUGAAGAUGCGACGGUGGGAUUGGUUCAAGCUGCUCUUGAUAGAGGUAUCAAAGUGACCGAGUGCUACGUCGACGCUCUAGGUCCAGCACCUCAAUGGCAAGCCCGUCUAUCUUCUCUAUUCCCCACUAUAUCCUUUACAGUAUGUCCCAAAGCCGAUUCAUUAUUCAAAAUCGUCAGUGCGGCCAGUAUAAUCGCCAAAGUGACUCGAGAUCGAUAUAUUGAGAAUUGGCUAGAUUGGGAGACAUCUAAAUCUCAUGAAUCACUUUCUUUCAACCAGAAUGGAUUUUCUUGGGGAAGUGGGUAUCCUUCCGAUCCUCGUACACAAGCUUUUUUGAAAGAGAAUCUUGACCCGGUAUUUGGAUACACAGGUGCAGUCAGGUUUUCAUGGGCUACAGUUAAAGUUUUGUUGGAUAAAAACGCUGUUCCGUGUAAAUGGUAUGUUUUUUUUUUCCAUUCUUAA